AUGCGUGCCUUCUUUAGUCGCGGGGCGCUGGUGUGGAACCGGCUGCUCUCCACCCCUCCGCGGUGCAAUUUGUAUCCUCGAUAUUUUUCUGCGGCGGCUCCGGCUGUCAAGACAGCAGCGGCAGCAGCCGGAGCUGGGGGCAGUGCAACCGGUCGAGUAUCGCAGGUGAUUGGUGCGGUGGUAGACGUUGAGUUCGAUGGCCACUUGCCCCCGAUCCUGAACUCCCUCGAGGUGCAGCAGCCGAAGGGGGAGGGUCGCUUGGUGCUCGAGGUAGCGCAACACUUGGGAGAAAAUGUUGUACGCACGAUUGCGAUGGACGGAACGGAUGGUCUGGUCAGAGGCCAGCCAGUAACGGACACGGGAGCACCCAUUCAGGUACCCGUAGGUGAAGCAACGCUGGGCCGCAUCCUAAACGUCAUCGGGGAGCCUGUGGAUGAAUGUGGAGCAGUUGCAGCCAAGAAGACGUACUCGAUCCACAGACCUGCACCAACUUUCGCAGAUCAGUCCACAGAACCGGGUUUGCUGAUUACGGGCAUUAAGGUUGUGGAUCUGAUGGCGCCUUACGCGAAGGGUGGCAAGAUCGGCUUGUUUGGGGGUGCUGGUGUGGGCAAGACGGUGCUGAUUAUGGAACUGAUCAAUAAUGUUGCCAAGAAGCAUGGAGGUUUCUCUGUUUUCGCUGGAGUCGGGGAACGGACAAGGGAAGGGAAUGAUCUCUACCACGAAAUGCUGCAAACGGGAGUUAUCAAGCGACAAAAGCGGCAGGAUGGUUCCUUUGAUUUCACUGGCAGCAAGGCCGCUCUGGUGUAUGGGCAGAUGAAUGAGCCUCCGGGGGCGAGGGCCAGAGUGGCGCUCACAGGACUGUCGGUUGCGGAGUACUUCAGGGACGAGGAAGGGCAAGAUGUGUUGCUCUUUAUCGAUAACAUUUACCGGUUUACACAGGCAGGUAGUGAGGUGUCGGCGCUGCUGGGACGCAUUCCGUCUGCUGUGGGUUAUCAGCCGACCCUGGCAACGGAUCUCGGUGCUUUGCAAGAGAGAAUUACCACCACCAAGAAGGGAUCCAUCACGUCUGUACAGGCAGUAUACGUGCCUGCAGACGACUUGACAGACCCUGCACCAGCCACUACUUUCGCCCACUUGGAUGCAACAACUGUGCUGUCUCGGCAGAUCAGCGAACUGGGUAUCUAUCCAGCCGUCGACCCCCUAGACUCCACGUCUCGCAUGCUUUCACCCGACAUUGUUGGAACUGAGCACUACGAGACAGCUCGGGCAGUUCAAAAGAUUCUGCAGGACUACAAGUCUCUUCAGGAUAUCAUUGCAAUCCUCGGAAUGGACGAACUAAGCGAAGAAGACAAGCUAACUGUCGCUCGAGCGAGAAAGAUGCAACGCUUCCUUUCGCAACCAUUCACGGUGGCCGAGGUGUUCACAGGCAAGCCGGGUCGGUUCGUCGAGCUGAAGGAUACCAUCGAAUCCGCCAAAGACAUCGUUGGCGGCAACGUCGACGAUCUCCCCGAAAUGGCCUUUUAUAUGUGCGGAGGCCUUGAGGAAGUCAAGGAAAAGGCCCUUAAGAUGGCGCAGCAGGCUGCCAUGUAG